UGCACAGAGCACGUAAAAAAGUCGUUAAGAAGUCGUAUUCAACUUCCUACUGUGAUUGCCUGGUAUUUCGGGGCUAAGAACUGCUUUUCGCUUCCACGCUGCAUAAACGUGACUGUAGGCUGUGCAUGUGAUUAGAACUUGACCAAUCAGCGACGUAGAAUAAAACUUAAUGUCGGUGAGCCCGAACUCUGCGAUAAGAGAACGGAGCAGGCGCAGUAGCGAGAAGUUAUGAAACCAGUGAGAAAGCCGAGGCCGAGCAUGCGGAAUUGAAGGCUACCGGACCGUACAAUCUCCCCUUACCUAAAUAAAAUUGGGAUAAGAAAUGAUACUUCCUCAAGGAAUGACAUAAGCAUCACGGAACAACAACAACGGAAAGAUUAUGGCCCCAAACUCCAUCCACUGGUUCCGGAAGGGGCUCCGUCUCCAUGACAACCCGGCACUCAGGGAGGCGGCGCGUGGUGCCUGCACGGUCCGCUGCGUUUACUUCCUGGACCCUUGGUUUGCCGGCUCCUCCAACCUCGGAGUCAACAGGUGGAGGUUCCUCUUGCAGUGCCUGGAAGACCUCGAUGCCAACCUCCAGAAACUGAACUCUCGCCUUUUUGUCAUCCGUGGGCAGCCAGCCAACGUGUUCCCUCGCCUCUUUAAGGAGUGGAAAAUCUCACGUCUGACAUUUGAAUACGAUUCUGAGCCCUUUGGCAAGGAGCGGGAUGCUGCCAUCAAGAAGCUGGCGACGGAGGCUGGGGUGGAGGUCAUUGUGAAGAUCUCACACACCCUCUACGACCUGGACCGGAUCAUCGAGCUGAAUGGUGGGCAGCCCCCGCUCACCUACAAGCGCUUCCAGACGCUAAUCAGCCGCAUGGACCCCCCCGAUCCGCCGGUGGAGCCACUGUCCGAAGCUUUCAUGGGGGGCUGUGUGACCCCUGUGGCUGAGGACCAUGCUGAGAAGUACGGGGUUCCGUCGCUGGAGGAGCUGGGGUUUGACACGGAGGGCUUGCCGUCGGCGGUGUGGCCAGGAGGGGAAACGGAAGCUCUGACCCGGAUAGAGCGGCACCUGGAGAGGAAGGCAUGGGUGGCAAAUUUCGAGAGGCCCAGGAUGAAUGCAAACUCUCUGCUGGCGAGUCCCACUGGACUCAGCCCCUACCUCCGCUUCGGGUGUCUGUCAUGUCGUCUCUUCUACUUCAAGCUUACAGACCUCUACAGGAAGGUGAAGAAGAACAGCUGGCCUCCUCUCUCCCUCUACGGCCAGCUGCUGUGGCGCGAGUUCUUCUACACAGCUGCCACCACCAACCCUCGCUUUGACAGGAUGGAGGGCAACCCCAUCUGCGUGCGCAUCCCCUGGGACCGCAACCCUGAAGCGCUGGCCAAGUGGGCUGAGGCCAAGACCGGUUUCCCCUGGAUCGAUGCCAUCAUGACCCAGCUGCGCCAGGAGGGCUGGAUCCAUCACCUGGCCCGGCAUGCCGUGGCCUGCUUCCUGACACGGGGGGACCUCUGGAUCAACUGGGAGGAGGGCAUGAAGGUGUUUGAGGAGCUGCUGCUAGAUGCAGACUGGAGUGUGAACGCGGGCAGCUGGAUGUGGCUCUCCUGCAGCUCCUUCUUCCAGCAGUUUUUCCACUGCUACUGCCCAGUGGGCUUCGGCCGCCGCACCGACCCCAACGGCGACUUCAUCAGACGAUAUUUACCUGUUCUCCGAGGUUUCCCGGCCAAGUACAUCUACGAUCCCUGGAACGCUCCAGAUUCUGUGCAAGCCGCUGCCAAGUGCAUUGUGGGUAUCCACUACCCCCGGCCUAUGGUCAACCAUGCGGAGGCUAGCCGUCUGAACAUCGAGAGGAUGAAGCAGAUCUACCAGCAGCUGUCACGUUACCGUGGACUUGGUCUGCUGGCAUCCGUGCCAUCGAAUCACCACGGAAACGGCAAUGGAGGGCUGAUGGCCUACUCGCCUGGGGAGCAGCCUGCAGCCGCUGCAGUCAGCGCAGCCCAGGCGCCGGGUGCAGCAGGAGGUUCAGUCACCGGCGGCAAAGGCAGUGGAAGCAUCCUGCUGAACUUUGACAGCGAGGAUCAGCCGGGUCUGAGCGGCGGGCAGCAGCACGGCUAUCAUGGCACGGCAGACCCAGGCCAGGCGACGGCCAGCCAACGCCUUUACCAAGCCUGCAGUUCACACGAGUUCGCUGUGCCCCAGCAUCCAGGGCGCCUGAGUCACGGUGGUCCCUCGGGGAAGAGGGAGCGUGAGCUGGAACGAGAGACCAUGGGCGACGGUGACACUCACACAUCCUCGCGUAAGGUGCAGAGGCACAGUUCAGAGAAGAGCUAAGAAAAAACAUCGUGUCUUACUGAACCCUUUUAUCUGCUGAAAACCUGAACAUCAAAAUAACAACACUGAAGAUCUAUUUUUUAAAUAUUUUUUCCACCAAAAAUUGUAUUAUUUUAAGAUUUAUUUGAAGUCAUUGGGCCUUUAUUUUAAAUCAAAGAUUCAAAUCAAAGCAUACAGUUUUUAUUUUUAAGAACCCUGGAUUCAAAGGUGAAAAUGUGACAUGGUUACAUGUUAGGUGUUGGGGUAAAAGUGGACAUUGCAGGAAGCUCAGCCUGGCACAGUCAGUGUUCAGGGGGUGCAGCACAUGGUCAGCCGCCGUAAAGCUCUUCUUACUGCCCAUCUCUCCUGCUCCCGGCUAACACAGCGGCACCCUUAGCUAAGACUGAGGACAUUCCUUCCUGAGUAUGUCGCUGAAAGUCUAAGGUUGGAAGUGAGGUAGAAGGGGACAUGACUCUACAGAUGUGUGACCUCAACACAUUGGUCCAGCACCUUCGAUCUCAUUGCUGAAAUCCUGCUCUUCACCAUCCUAGAGCAGCUGCCAUUCAUCAGGCACUGAUUCUCUUGGCUAAUGAACCUGCCCUGAAUCUCUGCCACUACUCAGAGCUCAGAACCUCAAAAGGACACCUAGUCUAGGAUUGUACUGAAACAAAGGUAGCUAUCAUCCAUGUGAUUAAUCUGUGUGGUGCUCCAUGCUGUUUGCAGUCAGGACUCUGGAUUUACAUUCAUGGACUCCCAGGUCACAUCUCUGCUCUGCCUGUGUUCCUCAGCGGCCUGUUUCCAUGGAGCUCGUAAAUGUGACCGACUGCCCGUAAGGGAGCAUAUUCCAUUUGGAACGUCUGUCCUUUGGUGGUGCAAAGGUUCCACUGUUUGUCCUCAUUAUUUUUGUAUAUAUACAGUUUAUAUGUAUAUACAUUAUACACCAUGCAAAUGCUGUAUGUGGAGUAGCAUGUUAGCAUCUUGUUUUUAUCAAAAGCGAAGCAACUGGAGAACAGCGCGUUGCGUAUUACUGCCCGACUUGAGUGCCGCACACCGGCAGCCCUUCCCGUACCGACAGCUGGAGAACAGCGCGUUGCGUAUGUAAUCCCAGCCUGUUACUGCCCGACCUGAGUGCCGCACACCGGCAGCCCUUCCCGUACCGACAGCGUGUCAAACCUCAUUCACACCAUGUCACGGGUACUGAAGUGCAUCCUCUCCCAGCACUUUGCCUAAUUACCUAAUGUUAAUUUAUGUCAUUUACAAACCAAUUGCCUGUUCUGGGGUAUUAACAUUAUACAGGAUAUUAGCCUCCUAACUGCCUCAGGAAACGUGCAGCAAAAGACCAGAUUUCUUAUGCCAGUUACAGUCCAAUGCUGACUGCAGGUAGAAAUGUUUAACUUUCAUUAUGUUGGUCACUUGUCCUCAUUUUACCCCAUCCCAGUUUCAUCACACAUUUUCACCACUUUCAGAAAGGCUAAACAGGAGAAAAUGAAAGAAAAUGAUCCUGAAAUGAUCAGUAAACAAAAAGAUGUUUUUCCCCUCAAUGUCACACACCUCAGAUAUACCAUUUCAUAAAACAAAGAUUUGCUUUAGAUUAGAAAGCUGAAGGACAGUGUCCAGGAAACUCCUCAGCAUUUUUAUAAAAUUUUUAAUAAAACGAUAAAAUAUAAAAAAUCAAGUUAAGCAAGUUGUCAGAAAGAGAUUGAGACCCUCGUUUCUGCCGUUAGACGUGAAAUGGACUAAGGUUAGGGUUAUAUAAGGUUUUUAUAUAGUCUAACACUGCAGCUGUCUACUGUCCUUGAUGACAAAACAUUCCUCAUGUUCCAAAUCCAUUUAAAUGGUGCCUCAGAAAUGGAAUCGAUUGGAGAUUCACAUGUACGUCUGAGCUGUACAAUGCAUUGGCAACCUAGCAGCUCCGCUUCUGGCUAUAUAUUUGCUUAGCAGUUUGCUGUGUUUUUCCCCAAACCAAGAUGGCCAAUAAGAGUUUUGUAAUGAGGCUUAGAUAUUGAUUUGGUAAUCGAUUCAAAUUCGCCAUGAGGAUAGGCUUGUGAUAUUUUUUAACACCAUAUUAUACCUAUUUUUAUAGUCAAUGUGCUGUGGGAACAGUCUUGUUUAAACAUAUUUGCUUCUGUAGCCCCCUUCCCCAAGCAAAAAAAAAAAAACAUAAAAUCCAAAUCCAUUUUUUAAGUCGUUCCCCCCCCCCAUGUUGCACGUUGCUUAUUCACCAGUAAGAGUGCAGACUGCUUCAGGUGGCUCUAGUUGAGUCUGUGUGUAUUUUCUUUCAUAGGAAAUGGGAGCCUGAACAGCACUUGGCCUCAUUAGUGUGGCUCCCAUUGUUUUUGCUUCAUACAGCAGUGUCCAGUAUAUUAUUAUAAACUGCAUUGUUGCUGUAGAUUUUGACAAUCAUUUUAUCCUCAUUCAUUUCCUUCCUCAAAAAUAAAGCAAAACAAAUGCCAUGGUAUAGAUGUAUUGUCUAGUUUGUAAGUUGUUGUACUUGUGCUUAAUUGUAAUGUGGAUGAAUAAAACUGCUGCUGCAGUGAAAGGUCUUGA